UUGGCUCUGAGUGAAGCUUUCUGGUCCUGUCUAGAUCGGGAAAGUAGCUGUUAAGAAAAAGAGAAGUCAAAAGAAAAGAAUGGUUAAUCAGAUAUUAGGACUUGUUCUUUGUGUUGGCUUUUUAUUUAUUUCUUAUGGCAAAUCAGAAAAGGAAAACAAUGAAGCCAUCUGUUCUUCUGAUGCCUGUUACACCGUCCACCUGAAUACCAAGACAUUUACCGAUGCACACAAGGAGUGUACUGACAGACGAGGUAACCUUCUGACCAUACAUGAUGAAGAAGAAGCCGGCCAUGUUCGCCGUUUACUCAGGAAGUUCACCAACACCACAAAGACUACUCGCCCAUUAAAGCUCUGGAUUGGACUGAAAUUAAACUCAUGUGUCGACAUUAAUAAAGCUCUAAAGGGUUUUUUCUGGAUCACAGAUCCUCAACACACAAAGGAAGAUCAGUUCUCCAACUGGUUGACUGAGCCAAUGAGGACUUGUAUCAAGGAACGAUGCGUGAGUAUGAAAUUGCAAAUGAACUCGACAGAUAACUAUAAAUGGACCGAUACACUAUGUUCUUCCUUGGCUGAUGGCUAUAUGUGCAAAUUUAACAUGUAUGGGAUGUGCCGGCGGAUUGUUCUUGAGGGCCCAGGACAUGUUGAAUAUGAAACCCCUUUUGAAUUUAAAAGUUCUACUUUGGACUUAAUUCCAUAUGGCUCUGCAGCUUUGGUGUCUUGUGGUCACAAUAAAGAACAUACAGAGCCUUUAUUAUACUGCCUAACAACAAAUGAAACUAAUGUUUAUCAAUGGGAGAAUUCUGAUAUGAGGGUGAAAUCAGAUGGACCCUUUUGUGCUUCUGAGGAGCUGGACUGUAAGUACAAUAAUGGUGGAUGUGAACAUGAAUGUGUGGAAUAUCCACAAAACAAAUCAGUCUCCUGUAGAUGCAGAGAUGGCUAUGUGUUAGCCCCCAACCUGGUGUCGUGUGUUUCCCCGGAUCACUGCAAGUCUAAUCCAUGUGAGCAAAAAUGUAUAAACCACCAUUCUGGUUUUGAAUGUUUAUGUUUUAGUGGCUUUGUAUUGGCUGAAAACCAAAUUAACUGCAAUAAUAUUGAAGGAUGUGUCAAAGGGGAAUGUGAACCGGAAAUUAUUGAUGGAUACAAAAAUGAAGAAAUGGAAGCAGAAUACAAUGACACGUCUAGUAGUAUUCAUAGAGAAAAUGGGCCCCAAGCCACUUCACAUUCCAUUAUAGACAGAGAGAAAGAGAAAAUGCCCAAAACUACACAGACCAUCCUAAUGCCUUCGGUGAAGACUGCCUCCCCGAGUGUUAUUUCUGUAAAGGACACAUCAGACUGCAGUGCACCAAGACCUGGAUCAAAGCUGCUAUCGUAUAUACUUUAUAUCAGUGUGGUAUUGUUCUUUUACUUUUAAUUUCUGGAAUCUUCUGUCUCAGAAUUAGGAACAUGUACAGAAUUAAGAACAAAGCUGUGAAAACGUAAUUGUAACAAUUUUAUACAGUGAAACCUGACCAUCCAAAAAAAAAAAAAAAAAAGGUCUUUUAUAGGGUGGUACUCUCCAAGAAACAAUUGCUGGAAAAGUGUCUGGUCUGAGUCCUCAGCAUAGCUAACCAAUUUAUUAGUCAACAGCAGUGCUUCUUAUUUUAUUACUACUCCCUAGCAUGUUUCCCCAUCUCAUUCCUAGUCCACAGCAUAGCUCUUACACUACACUGUCCUCGGCAUCUCAUUUUUAUUGUCCACAACAUGGCUCUCCGUCUCAUUCCUA